GUGACGAUGGGCGCAUUAACAGUAAAACAAACGCUCACAGGUCACCGAGGCAGAGUGUGGAAUGUUUCUUGGCACCCCACAAACUCUGCCCUGGCCUCAUGCGGUGAAGACCAGAAAAUUCGCAUUUAUUCACUCGAGGGAGGGAAAUACGUUAUGAAAUUGAUACUCGCCGAGGGCCACACGCGAACUAUUCGCGAGAUUUCCUGGUCCCCAUGUGGUAAAUAUAUCGCCUCCGUAUCAUUCGAUGCAACCACUGCCAUUUGGGAGAAAAAAGGAACGGAAUUUGAGUGCACAGCGACUCUAGAGGGUCAUGAGAACGAAGUUAAGAGCGUUGGCUGGUCCACGAGUGGAAAUUUAAUUGCAACUUGCAGUCGAGACAAAUCGGUUUGGGUCUGGGAGUGCAAUGAGGAUGAGUACGAUUGUGCUGCUGUCAUCAGUGCACAUGCACAGGAUGUGAAAAAGGUUAGAUGGCAUCCGCACGAAGACAUCCUAGCCUCAGCCUCAUACGACGACACUGUUAAGAUCUUUAAAGAAAAUACGGCCGACUCUGAUUGGAAUUGUGUUGCGACCCUCUCCUCGCACACCUCCACAGUCUGGAGCCUCUCGUUCAACUCCACAGGCUCGAGACUCGUCACCUGCAGUGACGACAAAACCAUAAAAAUUUGGCAAGAGUACAGGCCGAGAAAUAAUUCAGGGAUUCCUACACCGAAUAACGUUUCCGUUUGGAAAAAUGUCUGCACCCUUUCCGGGUACCACUCAAGGACCAUCUACGACGUCGAUUGGUGCAAGAAGACGGGACUCAUCGCCACUGCUUGCGGGGAUAAUACAAUUAGGAUUUUCAGGGAGGAGAACGACUCUGAUCCAAAUCAACCAACUUUCUCAAUGGUUUCUGUCGCCGAAAAUGCACAUUCCAGCGAUGUUAAUGCAGUUAGAUGGUCACCGAAGAACCCUGGGGAACUUGCCAGCGCUGGGGAUGAUUCCAAAGUGCAGAUUUGGUUUUACAGCGAUUAAUUUUCAAUUCAUUUCGAAGAAUUUUUGUAUAGAACUGAGGCAAAUGUUGAAAAGUAUCUUAAAAAAAUACAUGGUUUUUAUUGAAAUACGUGUUCUCAGCUAAAUGACAUUCCAACAUAGUGAUUCCGUGAAAAAAUCCAAAUCUUCAACUAUUUUGAAACAUGAUCAAUCUAGCAGUGCUCUUGGGUCUUUACAAAUGUGUACAAAUAUUCACAAAAAUAAUCGUCAAUGUCUAUGUCGAGAGAUUGCUCAAUGCGUCAAAUUAUCAAAUGCUAAAUCAUCGAAGUCAUACUUCUUCUAGGAUAAAUGUUAGUCUGUUCAUUGCUGCCUCUAUAAGAUUUUCUUCAAUUUUGGUUUCAGUUUUUUCAAAUUAAAUACGAUGAAAAGAUAAUAUUGCGAAAUAAAGAAAAUCGCAAUAAUUCCCUGCUGUACUCAACUCUUAUUUCAGUAGUAAGUGGCCGAAAUUGGUGAUUUUUUUUCUAGGAAUUCCC